UAUAUCUCAACUUAAACUUUUUGGUAAUCAUUAUUUGAUAUAUUAAGUUGUUAACAACUUCAUUUAUAAUAAUUUUCAAUACAAUGAAUACAUUUUUCACGUUUCUUCAAUUCUGAUAACUUAUCAACUUCCUUACCGGUUUUAUAAAUUUAUUUUUGUUCAUUAACACCUGGUCUCAUUUGUAUUUUUAUUAUCAUUAUUAUAUUUAUUUUAGUUUUAUUAGAAUGAUCUAAGUAAUAUGUUACACUUACUCUACAUGUAUUUUUCAGGCCCCUAAAUAGAAUACCAACCCAAAAUCACAGUGUUUUUUGUAUCAAUUGUAGAAUAGAAGUGAAAAAUGUCCCAAGUUCUCUUUUUUUAAGUAAUUUACAUUAUUGAGUUAUUUUUAAAUUUUCUGAUUUAAUAUUUGUAAUAUCAGUUGUAGAAUAGAAGUGAAGCAUGUCCAAGUUCUGCUUUUUUAAAAAGGUAAAGAAGGAUACUAAAAUAAUCAUGUCAAUUCAGAAACUUCUCGCCAGACAAAUUUUUGAUUCCAGAGGAAACCCAACUGUUGAAGUUGACUUAGUUACUAGCAAAGGUCUCUUCCGUGCUGCUGUGCCUUCAGGAGCUUCAACUGGUGUUCAUGAAGCGCUCGAACUUAGAGAUGGAGAUAAAGGUCAAUACCAUGGAAAAAGUGUAUUUAAGGCAGUUUGUAAUAUCAAUGAAACCAUAGCCCCUCAGCUCAUCAAAAGUGGUUUGAGUGUUGUUCAACAAAAAGAUAUCGAUUGUUUCCUUCUGCAACUUGAUGGAACAGAAAAUAAAAAGAAUUUGGGUGCCAACGCCAUCUUGGGAGUUUCACUGGCAGUUUGUAAAGCUGGAGCAGCUGAGAAAGGCAUUCCAUUAUACAAAUACAUUGCUGAACUGUCUUGUAAUACUAAUCUAAUAUUACCUGUGCCAGCUUUUAAUGUAAUCAAUGGAGGUUCUCAUGCUGGUAACAAGCUUGCCAUGCAGGAAUUCAUGAUUUUACCUACUGGCGCUUGCAAUUUCACGGAAGCAAUGAAAAUGGGAACUGAAGUAUACCAUCACUUGAAAGCCGUCAUCAAGUCCCAGUUUGGAUUAGAUGCGACCGCUGUUGGUGAUGAGGGUGGUUUUGCUCCAAAUAUACUUGACAAUAAACAAGGUUUGGAACUUAUUAAGACUGCUAUUGAAAAAGCUGGUUACACCGGAAGGAUUGAAAUUGGAAUGGAUGUGGCUGCCUCAGAGUUUUUCAAAGAUGGUGUAUAUGAUUUGGACUUCAAAAACCCUCAAGGAGAUGCCAGUCUGAAGAUCCCUGCCGACAAGCUUACGGAACUUUAUCAUUCAUUUGUCAAAGAUUACCCAAUUGUUUCAAUAGAAGAUCCAUUUGACCAAGACGAUUGGGCAGCAUGGAGUAAUUUCACUGGACAGUCAAAUAUUCAGAUUGUUGGUGAUGAUUUGACCGUGACCAAUCCUAAACGUAUCUAUACUGCCGUUGAAAAGAAAGCAUGUAACUGCCUUCUUCUUAAAGUUAACCAAAUUGGAAGUAUUACAGAAGCCAUUGAUGCUCAUAAUCUUGCAAAAGCCAAUGGUUGGGGAACUAUGGUAUCUCACAGGUCUGGGGAAACCGAAGAUACAUUCAUUGCUGAUCUUGUCGUCGGCCUCGGCACUGGACAAAUUAAGACUGGAGCACCUUGCCGUUCAGAACGGUGUGCUAAAUAUAACCAACUGUUGCGUAUAGAAGAAGAACUUGGAAGUAGUGCCAAGUAUGCUGGCAGAAAAUUCCGUUUUCCCUCAUGUGUAUAAUAACCUCAUGAUGGGUUUUAUUUUUCAAUGCCAGAAAUAAUAUAGUUCUGAUAUUUUUUCACCAAUCACAAUAAAAAGUUCUAAAGUCUAA